UUUCGAUGAUACAGCAGAAGUUUCAAGAAAUAAUAGGUGUUCAACUUCUAUCGAGCACCUUCGUGGUUUGUUUUAUCCUGUACGAAUUGUCAAACGCGCCAGUGAACUCCAAAUAUGUGCAAUUCGUCCUAUACCUGACCUGCAUGAUGACACAGGUCUUCUUCUAUUGCUGGUAUGGAAAUCAGCUCAAAUUAAAGAGUGUCGAGGUUGCGAAUGCAAUCUUUGAGGUGGAUUGGAUAUCCUUUGAUAAUAGCAGCAAGAAGAGUUUGAUAAACGUAAUGAGAAGAGCCACGAAACCGAUCGAAUUGACCUGUGCCUACAUAUUUACGAUGGACUUGAAAACUUUCGUGGACAUACUGAAGAUGUCAUAUUCGACGUACAAUUUGCUCCAAAGGACGAAAGAAUCUUAAAAUACGAAGAUCUUCGUAAAAAUUAAAACUGAUCGUCACAGGCAAACAGACGCGUUGAAUUUUUGGAAUUCGAAGUUUUUUAAAUGUCGAAAUUAAAAAUGUGGAAUUCGAACAAUAUUGCACACCUUUCCGCAGGAGACGAUCGAUGCUAAUUUUUACGUGUUACCUUCAAGAAACGCUAAUACAAUGAAAUCUGUCCAACGAUAUGUAAAUCAUGCAAUUGCCACGCUAAAGAUACUAA